AUGGAAGCGCUUUUUCCCGCGGGAAUUCUAAUCGCUGCUGUAUUGUUUCAUGCUACUGUGGUUCUGUCUUCUUUUCCGGCCACUUUGCAUCUGGAGAGAGGGAUUCCGGCCAACCAUGAACUGAAACUGAGUCAACUGAAAGAGAGAGACAAAGUGAGGCAUAGCAGAAUGUUGCAGUCUUCAGCAGGUGGUGUUGUUGAUUUCCCAGUUCAAGGCACCUUUGAUCCUUUCCUCGUUGGGCUUUAUUAUACAAGAUUACAAUUGGGUUCUCCUCCGAGAGAUUUCUAUGUACAAAUAGAUACUGGAAGUGAUGUUUUGUGGGUUAGUUGUGGCUCCUGCAAUGGCUGUCCUGUUAACAGUGGACUUCAUAUUCCACUCAAUUUCUUUGAUCCUGGAAGCUCACCAACAGCUUCAUUGAUAUCUUGUUCAGACCAAAGAUGUAGUCUUGGACUUCAAUCCUCAGAUUCUGUCUGUUCUCAACAAAACAAUCAGUGUGGUUACUCCUUCCAGUAUGGCGAUGGCAGUGGCACAUCAGGGUAUUAUGUAUCGGAUUUGUUGCAUUUCGAUACCAUUCUUGGUGGGUCCGUGAUGAAUAAUUCUUCAGCUCCUAUCGUAUUCGGGUGUAGCACAUUACAGACUGGGGACUUGACAAAGUCAGAUAGAGCAGUGGAUGGGAUAUUUGGGUUCGGACAACAGGGCAUGUCUGUAAUCUCCCAACUAGCUUCACAAGGGAUAACACCAAGAGCAUUCUCUCACUGUUUGAAAGGAGAUGAUUCUGGUGGUGGUAUAUUGGUUCUUGGAGAAAUUAUGGAGCCAAACAUCGUUUAUACCCCACUUGUCCCAUCACAGCCUCAUUAUAAUUUGAACCUGCAGAGCAUUUCUGUCAAUGGCCAAACUUUAGCAAUUGAUCCAUCAGUUUUUGGAACAUCAAGCAACCAGGGAACCAUCAUUGAUUCUGGAACAACCUUGGCUUAUCUAGCAGAAGCAGCUUAUGAUCCUUUUAUUAAUGCUAUAACAUCUAUCGUUUCACCAUCUGUGCGCCCCUAUCUUUCCAAGGGAAAUCACUGUUAUUUAGUCUCCUCCAGUAUCAAUGAUGUAUUUCCUCAAGUUAGUUUGAACUUUGCUGGUGGUGCAUCCAUGAUUUUAAUUCCCCAGGACUACCUUAUUCAGCAAAGUUCUAUUGGUGGCGCUGCAUUGUGGUGUAUUGGCUUUCAGAAAAUUCAGGGUCAAGGAAUAACAAUCUUAGGAGGUAUUGACACCACACUUUCUUCUUUUUUUCUUUUAAUUCCUGGAAUUAUUUGCUUAGCAACUAUACUUCAGCUUGGUCCAAUCACACAGCCUCGUGCAUGUCCGCAUGAGGUUGUUUUGGGUUCAUCCAGAGAUCUUAUUCUAAAAGACAAAAUCUUUGUUUAUGAUAUUGGUAAUCAACGGAUUGGAUGGGCUAAUUACGACUGCUCAACAUCAGUAAAUGUGUCUACUGCCAUAGAUACUGGCAGAAGUGAAUUCGUCAAUCCGGGGACACUGAGCAAUAACGGUUCACCAAAGAACAUGCCUCACAAACUGAUACCAGGGACUAUGAUAUCAUUCCUUCUGCAUAUACUAUUGCUCAGCUGUUACUUGUUUUCGUAG